ACGAGGAAAAGGAUUUUCGCUAUGUGUGCGAGGACGAAGGACAGCGCAUGCGCAGUGUGCGGUCAUCCUCGGACGCUCCGUGCAAGUCUCACCGGCCAAUGUUAUUCACAUGCGGUCCCUAAAAUAAGAAUUACUGAGCAUUGUUGUUCGUGCAGUUCUAUUGCAUUCUGGGAUAUUAGCACCAGCAUCAUACUGGGAAAACUAAAACACAAUAAAAGCAUGGAAGUCAGUAAAAAUCCAAUAUUAAGAAUACAUAAGCUUUAAAGCUCUAUAUGAACAGUAUAUUCGUAUAAGUGAAUGCAUAGUAUAAAUUACAUAUUGUAGGCUAUAUGUUGUUGGUCAUUGCUGUUUUUUACAUUUACAUACCAACAGGAAUGAUAUCUAUGUUUUUUUAAAUAUUUAAAGUAAGACAAUCCUGAUGAUUAUAUGGGUUUUUUUACAUUACAUUAUUACGUCACGACUUUCAAUAAGUGGAUUUCAACCAACCCAUAAGAAAUGCCAUCAGAUAAGCCGAUUUACAACUUGCUAUAGAUAAGUACAAUAAAAUUGCUACGAUUUUAUUCACAUUGUUGUAUGUUAUCAUUACUAAUGUUGCAUUACUCUUUGUCCUAUAAACACGCAGCAGCCCAAUAGUUGUCCUGAAUGGUUCCGUAGACAUCAACCUAUGGGAAACCCUAACAAUCAGUGUAAAUUGCAGCUGCAACAAUUAAUCCAAGAGUGUGUGUGGUGUGUGUGGGGGGGAAUCGGGCUGCAGGAGCCCAAAUAACAUGUCGCAAACAAAAGAGUUUCUCUCCUUGUAAACACGCACCCAGGCGCCUCAUUACCAACAGAAUGGAUGAUGAGCUGUCAGGUAACAAGUCUUGAGGACGCAUGUCAAUUUCCUUUAAUGUUCUCAGCUACUUGUUAAACAUAAAAGUGGGUGGGUGAGGGUAUAUAAGAACCCCCCUAAUCUCCCAGGAGAGGAACUUCUCAUUAUAACCGGCACGAAACAUGCGUUCAGCGGGAGCUGCGGCCGCGGCGCUGCACGCAUCGCUGCUGCUGCUGCUGCUGCUGAUGCUGCUGCUGCUCGCUCGGGGGAUCCACGCCAGCGGGGAUGGAGUUUACAGUUUGCAGCAGCAUUCCUCCGCCGGGACGGACCGAUCCACCGGGUACCACCUGCCGACCUACAUGAUGCAUCUGUACAGGAAUUUCAAGUCCAACUUUUCCAGGCCCUCGGACGCCGUGGAGCCGCAGCGCGCGAGGCAGGCGGACACCGUAAAGAGCGUGAUGGCAAAAAGUCUGACGUCCAAUCAGAGUCGCUGGAUUGCGACCUUUGACCUCAAGGCCCUCGUAGCCGAAAAGCAGAUCCAGGCGGCGGAGCUGAGAAUCCGGCUUCCCCGCAGGGCCAACGCCUCCAACGUCACGGUGGCGGUGUACCACCACCACGGCCAGGCGUGCCACGCGCUGGCGGGCUGCCGGGAGCAGCAGCUGGUGGGGCUCCUCACGGAAUCCUCACUGGUCACUUCGUCGCAGAGCUGGAGAGUCUUCAACAUGACGGAACCCCUGCUGAGCUGGCUCAGCCGGAAGGCGGCCACGGCGAGAACUCAACAGAGGAGACGGUCGAGAAGGGGGAGAGCGGGGAAGACAAAGAGGAGCCUGCCGCUCCCGGGCCAGCCCAGGAGAGAGCAGGACGUGAGCGACCGGGCCCUGCUGGUCGUCUUCUCGCAAACCGCCUCGGAUGAAAGCUCCAAGGCCAGAGCCAGCUUGCUUCACACGGCCGAACAAUCCAAGUUCUUGUCCCCGGCUGAGAUCAGGAGGGCCCGCGGGCCCAAGAGGCGCCGGAGCAAACGGGGCCAGAUAGAGCAGCCGGCGAGGAGCCCGCAGGCCUCCAAGAGAGGGAGCGAAAACCCUCUCUGUCGCCGAGUCGAAAUGCACGUGGACUUUAAUCAGAUUGGCUGGGGGUCCUGGAUCGUCUUUCCCAAACGAUAUAACGCCUACCGCUGUGAGGGCUCCUGCCCCGGGCCCCUGGGGGAAGACCUGAAUCCGACGAAUCAUGCGUACAUGCAGAGUUUGCUGAAACAUUUCCACCCUGACCGCGUGACUGCGCCCUGCUGUGCCCCAACCAAAAUGAGCCCGUUGAGCAUGCUGUACUACGAGAACUCAGAAAUGCUCCUCCGACAUCACGAGAACAUGAUAGUGGAUGAAUGUGGCUGCCAGUGACAACGACGACCACCUCCAAAGACGACCUGUGUUGCUGAGCGGUGUUAAAACAUGCUGCGCCAGAGCAGCCGAUGGCGGAAAAAACUAAAAGAAAACACUUAGCCAAGAGGGGGAAAGCUCUUUGAUAUUUGUAUCUAUGAACUGUGAGAUUUAGCUGAUCUGUGUGCAGAGAUGGAAUCUUAAUUUGCGAUGGGAUACCUGUUUUUUAGGGAGAACAUUUUUAUUUUUAGAUUAACUGAAAUACAAACUCACAAUAUCAUCCGGCCUUCCAGCCUUGUGCAGAUGUCACAAUUUGAUGUACAGCUUUAUUUCCCUUUUCAAUUUCAUCAAUGUAAACAUGAAAUGGCAAUGUUGUUGAAUAUUCCAGCACUGUUUUUUAUUGCACAGCACAUAUG